UGGGUAAGAAAAGGACAUGGAGAUAUGGAGUGCGAAGAGAGAUUCAUUGAAAUGUCCAUGUGCAGGUAAAAUUAAGCUGCAGGUCCCAUCAAGUGUGUGUAAGUAUAUCUGCAGAAUGGUCAGUUUUAUAGUCCAUGAUCACUUCAUGACAAAACCCACAAGAUCUACAAAGCAAUCCCAAAAGAAAAUCAACCCCACAUGAUUAAUUUGUCUUUUAGGAUCACAAAAGAAAGUGAUACUAGGAGAAAAAGGAAGCCAGCUACUGAACAACUAAGCAAGAAUAUUACCAACAUCCCUCUCCAUGUAUGUAUAUAACUGACCAAAACUACCCAUCUUCAAAUUGUUCAUCAGUAUGGAUUUUUUGCAGAAGAAGUUGCAACUGUGUCUCUUGAUGAUAUUUUGUAUGACAGUAGUGGUUUCUUCACACAGCAAGGUUUACACACCUCCUGGUGUCCCUCACUUAACAGAUCUAUUCAGUCAUGUAUCCUUUGAGCAGAGUUUUUCUACAUCUUUUGGUGGCUCAAAUGUUAAGCUUUUCAAUAAUGGGUCUUUGGCCAAUCUUAGUCUGGACAAAGAAUCAGGCUCUGGAUUGGUCUCCAAGAACAAAUACCUCUAUGGGUUCUUCAGUUCUGCAAUAAAGUUGCCUUCUGGUCUCUCCCCUGGAGUUGUUGUAGCCUUCUAUCUGUCAAAUGCAGAUGUGUACCCACACAACCAUGAUGAGAUUGAUAUUGAAUUGCUUGGUCAUGAUAAGAGGAAUGAUUGGGUCAUCCAGACAAAUGUUUAUGGCAAUGGAAGUGUCAGCACAGGCAGAGAAGAGAAAUUCUAUCUCUGGUUUGAUCCAACAGCACAGCAGCACUAUUACAGCAUUAUCUGGAACAAAUACCAUACUGUGUUUUUUGUUGAUAAUAUACCAGUGAGAGAGUUUGUGCAUAACAAUGGCUUCUCUUCUGUGUAUCCAUCAAAACCCAUGUCAGUCCAUGCCACAAUAUGGGAUGGUUCAGAGUGGGCAACUCAUGGAGGAAAGUACCCAGUUAACUACAAAUAUGCACCAUUUGUGGUUUCAUUUGCAGAAAUGGAAGCCACUGGCUGCAUAACCAGUAGUACUCCAGGUGGGGUUGGGAGUUCAUGUUCAAAGGCUGCACCUUCAAGUGUGGACCCUGUUGAAGGACAAGACUUUGUUAGGCUAUCAAGCCAACAAAGUGUGGCAAUGGACUGGGCUAGAAGGAAGCUCAUGUUCUACUCAUAUUGUAAUGACAAACCCAGAUACAAAGUCAUGCCACCAGAAUGCAAAUAAAUGUAAUUUUUUUUUCAUUUUCAUGAAAAUGUAUAAAUUGAUUUUAUUAUUAAAAGUUGUAUGAUUUGAGAGAAAGUAUGGGACUUUGAGUGAGUGA